AUGGGACUCUGGACGGGGCUAUGGGGCCUCCUGUCUGGGAUUCUAUCUAUUUUUUAUGAUGUAGCACUCUUUUGGGAAGAAAAAUGUGUUUCUUGGUGGAGAUCUAGGUCUCCACGAGACCAACUUUCAUAUUAUUUGGCCAAUGCAGAAACUUUUGAAGACUGGGAAGAGGCCGCAUUUCGACUUGAUGAAUUGUUAAGCGCUGAUCUAUGGCGGCAAACCCCAACAAGUCAACAAUAUGACUAUCGGCUUAUUUUACAAAGACUGGAGUCGAUCAUAAGCGCCAGAGAAAAUGAGGAUGCCCUUACUCUGGUAAACAUCCUUCGCUCUGGAUUAGUACGCAAUCUUGGCAACAUAACUUCGUUGAAACUGUUCAACCGCGCAUAUGCAGGCACGAAACUUUUGAUUGACGAUUAUAUUACUCAAGUUGCUCUCUCGAUUCAGCAUGUGACAGCUUUACAGACCAUCCCAAUGCAUGCUAGCGGAUUUACUUCGCAAGCAAAGCUGGAGUUACUUCAUGACACGAGGCAGGCUUUUGGGAGAACCUCACUUGUCUUGCAAGGAGGGUCUGCUUUUGGUCUUUGUCAUCUGGGUAUUAUCAAAGCGUUACACCUUCGCGGCCUUUUACCUCGGAUAAUUACAGGCACUGCAACGGGGGCUUUAGUCGCCGCUCUCGUGGGUGUUCAUACGGAAGAUGAGCUUCUCGAUUUUCUAAAUAGUGACAAAAUCGAUCUAACGGCGUUUGGUCGGCAAAAAGGAGGGGCCUCUAAUGGCAAAAGCGAUAAUUGGUUCCAGACGGCUGUCCGGCGUCUGCGGCGAUACUUUAAGGAAGGAAGCCUUCUCGAUAUAAAUGUACUAGAAGAAUGUGUGCGAGCUAAUGUUGGCGACAUGACUUUUGAAGAGGCCUAUGUAAAGUCGAAAAGGAUUUUGAAUAUCACUGUCGCUGCUUCUGGAAAGGGGACGUUUCCCAACCUACUGAACUACCUGACGGCGCCUAAUGUGCUGGUCUGGUCGGCUGCACUUGCUUCGAAUACAUCAUCAAGAGCACUGUAUUCUCCUGUUACUCUGUACUGCAAGGACGAGACUGGUGCAAUCGUCCCAUGGCCCCAUACACAAGAUGUCACCUUCCGCUCGUGGCAUCAGGUCAAUCUUAGCGGACGGGAAUCGCCCCUGGCACGGCUUGCGGAGCUGUUCAACGUCAACCACUUCAUUGUGUCGCAGACUCGGCCCUUUGCAGUUCCUUUCUUGUAUUCGGAAUCCAACCCUGCACAGCGACUAAGCGGCCAGCGAAGUCUUACCAGACCACUUAUGCGUCUUGUAAUGCUGGAAAUCCGUCACAGGCUGAAACAACUUGAUUACCUUGGCUUUUUACCGGGCAGUCUGCGACAGGUACUCAUCGACGAGAAUAUCCCCGGGCCGAGUUUGAUUCUGAUCCCAGAUCUAAACGCGAGCGACCUGCUCAAGCUCUUCCAGAACCCAACCAAGACGGGGCUGGACUACUGGAUUCUCCGCGGGGAGAGAGGGGUGUGGCCUGCGGUCAGCGCGCUCAAGGUCCGAUGCGCAAUCGAGAUCGAACUAGACCGGUGCUAUCAGACUGUGCGACGACGCCGGUCCAGUGAUAUCAGCCAACAUAAUAGUGGAACUAUUACUAGCCGACACGGCGCAAAUGAGGGCGUGCCACGAAAACGCAGGCCAAGCGGCCAUGAGCUAGAAUAG